UGGCCUAUGACAAGACAGAAGCCAGGCCGGAAAUCCAAAUAGAUAAGCAGGAAAAGAAAGGCAGACUCGAGAGAUGCCAGCAAGCCACCCAUAAAACAGGAUGCCAGAACACCUAAGAUAACGUCACAGCUGUGUGGCACUACACAGAUGAAUAGGAAUGGGUUAAUUUAUAUGCAAGAUCUAACCAGUAAUAAGCCUGAGCCAUUGGCCAAACAAUUAUAAUUAAUAUUAGCCUCUGAGUGAUUACUUUAUAAGAGGCUGCAGGGACUGGUGGGCGGGAGAUAAACCAGUCCAGCGGGACUGGGUGGCACAGAGAAAAGAAUCCAGCUACACUUUCCCAUAUUCUUUCCUGUCAGUCUAGAGAGGUAAAGGUAUAAGCUGACAGCUGUAGCUGCUCACAGCUGGGUUAAACAUUAAUGCAGCUGUCACCACAACCCAGAGCAGCAGGCGUCCCAAAGCCAAGUGUCAGACCUGCCUGGUGCUCCUAGACUAAGGAGUGAGCUGCAGACAUGGCUCACUUUGCGCAGGUCAUGGCUGAAGUGGGCGACUUUGGUCGCUUCCAGAUAAAGGUGGCCAUCCUGAUGGGCAUCCCCAAUUUCCUGUCUGCCUUCUUUGUGUUUAGUCAGGUCUUCAUGGUUCUCGAUGAGGCUCACCACUGCUCAGUGCCCUGGGUCAAGAACCACACUCUCAACCUAAGUGCUGCUGAGCAGCUGGCAGUAAGCAUACCCAACGACACAGCGGGCAGACCUGAGUCCUGCCUCAUGUUCCGGCCACCUCCUGACAAUGCCAGCCUGGAAGACAUCCUCAGCCACCGCUUCAAUGAGACACAGGCCUGUAACUCAGGCUGGGACUAUCCUGAGAACAGGCCUCCAUCCCUAAAGAAUGAGUUUGACCUGGUGUGCGAUCGGAGGAACCUGAGGAGGACUUCACAGUCGGUGUUCAUGGCUGGCCUCCUCGUUGGGGCCCUCGUCUUUGGGCCAAUCUGUGACUGGAUUGGCCGCAGAGCCUGCAUUCUGGUGCAGCUGUUUAUGUCAGGCAUCAUAGGCGUAGCCACAGCCUUCGUGCCCAGCUUUGAGCUCUACAUGACGUUCUGCUUUCUCUCAGCGACUGCUGUCGCUGGAUACAUGAUGAGCACCAUGAUCCUUAUUUCAGAAUGGGUGGGGCCGUCCUGGAGAACAAGAGCCAUGGUCCUGUCCCAGAGCAACUUUGCCCUUGGCCAGAUGGUGCUAGCAGGCCUGGCCUAUGGUGUCCCCAACUGGAGACUGCUUCAGAUCAUAGGCACCGCACCCGUCUUCCUGCUCGUCUUCUACUUCUGGGUUUUGCCAGAAUCUCCACGGUGGCUCCUCUCCAAAGGAAGGAUAGAGGAGGCCAAACAACUGAUCCAGAAGGCAGCCUCGGUGAACAGGCGGUCCCUUUCUCCAGAACUCCUGAGCCAGCUGAUCCCUGAGAAGACAGGUCCCUCGGGAAAUGCGCUGGAUCUUUUCAGACACUCCUAUCUCAGGAAGGUGACACUGAUUCUCAUUGCUGUCUGGUUUGCGGACAGUCUGGUGUACUAUGGCCUUAGCCUCCAAGUGGGGGACUUUGGCUUGAACAUCUACCUGACACAGCUAAUAUUUGGAGUAGUGGAGGUGCCUGCCCGUUUUUCCAGCAUCCCCAUAAUGGAGAAGCUGGGUCGCAAGUGGAGCCUGUUAGGUUCCCAGACUCUGGCGGGCACUAUGUGCAUCAUCAUCAUCUUCAUCCCAGCAGGUCUCCCCACAGUGGUCACUGUGCUGGCUGUGGUGGGGAAGUUUGCCUCAUCUUCUGCCUUCACCGUAUCCUAUGUGUACACUGCUGAGCUCUACCCCACCAUCAUCAGGCAAACAGGCAUGGGGCUGGUGAGCAUCUUCUCCAGGAUUGGCGGCAUCAUCACACCGCUCGUGAUGCUGCUGGAGCAGUACCACAGGGCUGUCCCCAUGGUCAUCUUUGGCAGCUUCCCCGUCGUGGCAGGCCUACUGUGCGCUCUGCUGCCUGAGACGCGGGGCCAGACCCUGAAGGACACCAUCCAGGACCUGGAGAAGGGGUGCUCCCCACGGUCCUCAGUGAAGCAGUCCCCCAAGAAAGAAAUGGUGUCUGAAGGAAGAAAUCCUCUUCCCACGAGUACCGUUGACAGUGCUUCUUCCUCCAAUUGUGGUUGUUAGGGGUGUGUUCAUUUACAACAACAGAUCACACAGUGUCUCUCUAUCCCUGGGGUCUGUUUCGAGGUUGGGACAAGACCAACUUGUUGUCAAUCAGACCAGCCUCCCUGCUUAGCUCUCCUAACUAUUGUCCAGUACGUGUUUGAGUUACAGUCCUUUGUCACUGCGUGUCUUUGUCUUUGCCUCCUGGUGUCUGUUCUGUGUCCUGGUGAGUAGGAUCACAGAGGAAGAAGUAUAUGCAGAUGGCAGAUGUCACAACACAAACCAGGACUCAGGGAAAUGCCAGUGACAGUCCCUCCUUGGUCCCACCAGUUUUCGCAUUGUCACAUCUGGGCCAAAUGUCCAAGAUGUGAACCCCUGGGGAACACUGUGAAACCAUUGCCAGCGUGUCUCAGAUUGUUGAUAAACCUCCCUCUUUACACUUGGUCACUCUCUUGUCAGGUGGGCGUGAGCAGGGCUGUACUGUACACUGUGCAGCCAGUCAUGAAUAUUUCGUACUGUCCUUUUUUGAAAUCAUGGACAAACAUGUUCUUCAGCUUCCUACCGUUACCAUCCUGAGUUCCCUGCUGUAUGUCCCUUUAAUAAGAAGAGAACCUGCAACAAUGGAGGACUGCAGUUUAAGGCUGAAACUGUUUGCUUCUCUGUGUGAUGUGAUGUGUGCCCCCCUUGGCAAUGGUACUCACUCCUGGGAAAAGACUUAAAGGGAUCCUUUAUUGACAUUACAACAUUACAAGGA